CGGUGAAUUCCGGAUAUAACACAAAAAUGAGAAUAUGUUAUGACUGAUAUGCGUAAUCCCGCUGGUACUUUCGGGUAAAAAUAAAUCAGAAAGCGCAAUUUUGACUGGUAUUCCGGUGGGCUCCACGAGUCAUGUUAUAUUUUCCACCGUUAAUAAUAUGUGUCCAUAUGGCCGCAAUACUUUCUAAAGAUUUAUCACAGCCAAAAAAAAUUGACCCUGGCGGAGAUGCUAGUAUAUAGUUGAACCUUUGUUUUUCUCUCUCUCUCUCUCGCAAAUAACACUUUUUUCACUUAUCAUUAAAUAUUUUUUCGUCUCAUCUCACAAAUUGUCCUACGCACAAUAAAUAUAGACCACAAUCACUAUGCCUAUCGCCAUUUAUUCAUCUUCGUCCUUGCUGCUCCGCACUGCUGCUUCAUCGGUCCGUCCGAUCAGUAUUCACGCUGCCGCUGCUGCUGCCUUAUAUGGCAGACCAGCUGCAGGCCUGCAGAUACGCGCAUUCGGCAUCAAGACCACGCUCAAAGCCCAAGAGUACAUGGCCAAAAUCAUCAAGGCUGACAAGUCCGCUGCUGCCAAAAAAGAGACCGAAUCCAAGGGGCCCAAGCCGCAAGUCGACUCGUACCUAAACGAAAUGCCGCCGGAACUGCGCUCGCCCUUGUUCCCCGAGCCCAUGCGCGCUGAGACUAUGGACCGUAAGUGGAAGUCAUCCGACCUGGAGGAGCUAGACAUUGGAAUCACCAAGCACCGGGUCCCCAAUAGGUUCAGCGACAAGGUUGCACUGUGGGCAGUCAAGAGCGCGCGCAAACCGACGGACCUGCUUUUUCGCAACAAGUAUCUCCACCGCUCUGUCAUGCUGGAGGUCAUUGCCGCGGUGCCCGGAAUGGUCGGCGCAUUGAUUCGGCAUAUCAAAUCGCUCCAGGGCAUGCGCCACGACGGCGGGUGGAUUGGCCAUCUCCUGCAUGAGGCCGAGAACGAGCGCAUGCACCUGAUGACCUGGAUGGAGGUCGGCAAGCCCGUCAUGUGGGAGCGAGCCCUAAUUGCCACCGUGCAGACCGGAUUCUUUGCAAUCUUCUCACUGCUGUAUAUGGUCAGUCCACGCACCGCCCAUAGGGUCGUCGGCUACUUGGAGGAAGAGGCUGUUACCUCGUAUACUCACUUUAUAAGGGAGAUUGAUGCUGGCAGGAUUGAGAAUGUGAAAGCGCCGGAAAUUGCCGUGGCGUAUUGGAAUUUGGACCCCGAGUCGGCUACUUUGCGCGAUGUUGUUUUGGCCGUUAGGGCUGAUGAAGCUCUGCAUCGCGACUCUAACCACCAUUUUAGUGACCGCAUUUUGGCUGGCCGUGAGAGCUUGUUUGAAGACAUGGACCACGACGAGAGCAAACCGCGUGUUAGGUACUAAUAAAGGGCUGCCAAAAAAAUUAUUUAAUAGCUUAUUAGAUUCGUUUUUUUAUUGUUUACUAGUUUUUUCUCCGUUGAAAAUCUAUUCAUUCAAUUUUC